GUCACAAUGACAAAUCCAAGAGUGGCUGAGAGUUUUACACCAAACAAAGUUUCUGAGUGAGAGAGAAAAAAAGAGUGUUCACAAUUUUCAGUGGUUCUUAUUGUUCUAUAAUCUUCAUUUUUACACCCCCCCUUUCUCUUUACACCCCGCUUCUCUGUAUCCCUUUCUGUUAAUCAUCUGUGUUUUCAUGUUAUCAAUUUUUUUGAGUUUUUUCUCUUAAAAAACAAGCAUACCCAGAAAGCCAGGUGUUUUCAGAAUCGAGAUCCAGUUUUUUUUUUUAAUUUUAAUUUUGAAUUUUUUAUUUAUUGUUUUUUAGUUUAAUUUUUCUCAUCUUUGAAUCAGCUAAAGAGGGUUGUUUUUGAUCCCUUAAAAGCUUUCAUUUUUAUUUUUUUAAAAUAUUUUCUGGUACAAAGAGGUUGUCUAUUUUAAACCUCUUUCACCAAUUUCUUUUUAUUUUAAUUUUAUCUUAAAAAAUUUCAAAUUUUUUUUGAAGUUUUUAAGCAACACAGGUUAAUUUUAUCUAAGAUCUGUGUAAUUUUUUGUUGAUAAAUUAAUUAAUUAUAUUUCAGGUAGAAUGGAUUUCUUCAACAAUUCACAAGAUCCAUUCAAUGGUGAGUUAAUGGAAGUUCUUGAACCUUUUAUGAAGAGUUCUUCCAUUUCUCCUUCAUCACCCCCUUCUCUAAAUUCACACCUCCCUUCAACUUCUUCUUCAUCAUCAUCACCUUUUUACUCUUCUACACCCCCCUUUUUCCAACCUUCUUUCUCUCCUCAAUCUUCUUCUUCUUCUUCUUCUUUUCCUCCACAGCCCAAUUUCUACACAGAAAAUGGUUACUGUUCAUCCAUGAUGAAUUACCAAUUUCCUUCUUUAGGUAAUUCAUCAACUAGCCAAAAUAAUUUCAUUGGCUUUGAACAACCACAACAACCAAAUUCUGUUAUUGGGCUAAACACCUUAACCCCAUCUCAAAUUAACCAGAUCCAAGCCCAGAUCCAGUUUCAACAAACCCAAAGUAACAACUCAAGCUUGAACUUUCUUGGGCCUAAGCCCAUCCCAAUGAAACAGCCUGGUGUACCUCCAAAGCCCACAAAGCUUUAUAGAGGUGUAAGGCAAAGACAUUGGGGAAAAUGGGUUGCUGAGAUAAGACUACCCAAGAAUAGAACAAGGCUUUGGCUUGGUACUUUUGACACUGCUGAAGAAGCUGCUUUGGCUUAUGAUAGAGCUGCUUAUAGAUUAAGAGGUGAUUUUGCUAGACUUAAUUUCCCAAACAUGAAAGACCAACAACAAGGUGGUAUGUUUGGUGAGUUUAAGGUUUUGCAUUCAUCUAUUGAUGCUAAACUUGAUGCUAUUUGUGAGAGUUUAGGUAACAACAAUAGUAGUGAUAAUGUCAAGAACAAGAAACAAGGGAAGGGUUCAAAGAAGAGUUUGAAGAAAGAGGUUGAAGCUCAACCUCAACCUCAACCAUUGGUUGUUGUUGAAAAUAAUAAUGAUGAUAACAACAAUACCAAUACCAACAAGGUUGUUGUUGAAUGUGGUUCUUCUUUGUCUUCACAUAGUGAAGGUGGUUCUGAUGAUUCUUCUCCACUUUCUGAUCUUACUUUUGGUGAAUUUGCUGAGCCACAAUGGGAAAAUGGUUUUGAACAAUUUAAUUUGCAGAAAUUUCCUUCUUAUGAGAUUGAUUGGGCUUCUCUUUGAAAUAUGGAUGAUGAUGGAUGAAUUUGGUGUAGGGUUUAUUAGUGGCUACUACAAUUUGAGUUUUUGAAAAUUGUAGUGCUUCUUCUUCUUCUAGGAAUUUGGAGAAUUAUUUAUUGUUAUUAUUAUUAUUAUUAUUAUUACUAUGUCAAUAUGUUGUAAAUCUGUCUACCUUAGUCAGCUGGCUUUUUUACUUGCUUGGCUAAGGAGAAUGACUUUGGCUUAGGUCUUAUUUAUGUAAUGGUCCAUAGUCUAUUUGGUCAAAUUAUGGUACAUUAUUAUUGAUGUAAUUCAAUUCUAUUAUUUGUAUUUCAAAUUAUUAGAAUGAGAAUAUAGUAUUAUAUUA